AUGGACGGCCCAACCCUAGCCGCCAAUGGCGCGAGAACGCUGCCCCUCACAGUCCUCGACCAGACCGCCCCGCGCAUCUACGUCCGCCUCGUCUUCACCUUUGGCCUGCAGGACACCUACAAUGCCGACGCCGCCCGGGACCACCUGGCCACGCGCCUGCACCGCGCCCUGCGUCGCUGGCCCUUCCUCGCCGGCCAGCUCCGCCCGGCUCGCGCGGCUGCGGUGACGUACACGGUCGGCGGCGACAUGAUGGAAGCCGGGCCCGACCCGCGCGGCAGCCUCGAGCUCGUUUUCGAGCCGGAUGACGCGGCCGCGACGGAUCCGCUGCUGCGCCCGGAUAUAUUCCUCUACGACAUGCAGGAGAGAGCGCUGAUCGGGGGCGAGGCCGUGCCCUACGCCGCCCUGGCCGCGCAGGGCAUGCCGCCUUCGGCCAUGGACAAGGACGUCUUCUCGCUGUCGCCGCAGCACCCUCAGCCGGGCGCCUCGUGCCCGCCCGUGACGCUCAAGGCGACGGAGCUGGCUGGCGGCGGCGGCCUUUUCGUCUGCUUCGCCUUCCACCACGGCAUCAUCGACGGAGGCUUUAUCCGCACCUUUCUGAACUAUUUUGGCGGCGGCGGCGGCAACAACGACAACGACCAGGCUUUCGAGCACGGCGGCGGCUACGAGGCCGAGCUGGGCAGGAUGCAGAGCCUGGACGGGACGCUGGCGCAGCAGUGGGCGAUGGUUUUCCACGACGAGCUCCCCGAGUACGACUUUGGCGACGGCAGCAGCGGCAACGAGCUUGGGGACGAGGCCGGCGGCGGCGGUGCCGGCGGGAGAGCCGUCUGCCGCAUCAUCCGCUUUGACCACGCCGUGAUCGAGACCCUGCGCAGCCGGGCACUGCUCGAGCAGCCGCCGGGCGGUGGGGGCUUCCUCAGCACCGUCGACGUGCUGUGCGCCCUCGUGCAGGUGCACGUGUGCCGCGCGCGCUACAAGGCCGGCCUCGAGAAAGGCGGCGAUGGCAACAGCGGCAGCGUGCGCAGGAUCAGCCCGGACGACCCGGCAGCCUUCUCGACCGCCGCCGACUUCCGCGACCGCGCCGGCCCCUACCGCGCCAGGGACUCGUGGGGAAACCUCUGGGCGCCCAUCAUGGUCUCGGACAGCGGCGCGAGCGUGCGGCGCCUGAUUGCUCUCGGAGACGACAGCGAUGAUGACGGCGCAGCAGCAGUCCCCGAGGACGCAAUCCCCGCGGUCCUGGCCCAGGCGCACCGGAUCCGCAGCGCCAUCGCGGCAGCCGCCGACAUCGACUACAUGCCCAAGCGCAUCGCCCUGGCGCGGCAGCUGCUGGUCUCGGACACGCGCAGCGCUAGGGGUAGCGUUAGCAGCAGUAGUAGCGGCUACAGCGGCUGCAGCGAGAGCAGCGGCUACGCCACCAGCCUUAGCAGCGUUGGUGGCAGCAGCGGCAGCAUCUGCGACGGCGGAGAGGCGCACGCCGUGCUCGGCAGCGCGCACGGCCGGGCGCUCCAGCCGGGACGGGCGGGGCUCGGCUGCAGCGUGUGGGCGCACAUGGGCGCCGACGUCGACUUUGCCAUACCGGGCACCACUACUGCCACCGCCACCGCUACCGCUACCGCCACCGCGGGCGACGGCCGCGCCGACUUUGUGCGCAAGACGUGGUCGGCCUCGGACGGCUCCAUGAACGUCAUGCAGCGCCGCGGCGGCACCAGGGGCGCCGCCGAGCCCUGGGAGGUGCUCCUGGCCCUGCGCGAGCGGGAUAUGGAGUGGCUCUGCCGAGACGACGAGCUCGGCCGCUGGGCGAGCGGCUGGGUCGAGUAGCGCCUCUCACCGCAACUUCUGGACGUGUGUGCUUAUUUAUGUAUUGCUAUAUGG